AUGGCGCUAUCCUCAAUGUUUGUCGGACUGGCACUAGUCGGCUCCAGCUAUGCGCUAGUGUCGCGAGAUGGGACAGGCCGCCUACCUGCGAUGGGUUGGAGUAGCUGGAACGAGUAUGAAUGCGCCAUCAACGAAACGGUCUUCCUGGACACCGGUGCGCUCCUUAUCUCGUUGGGAUUGAAGGACCUUGGUUAUAAUUAUGUUAACAUCGACGAUUGUUGGAGUGACAAGGCAUACCAGCGCGAUAAUGUUACAGGAAAGAUUCGUCCAGAUUACAUCAAAUUUCCAAACGGCAUCAAUCAUACAGCAGACGAGAUCCACAAGCUUGGACUGAAAAUUGGCAUCUACAGUGAUGCUGGAGACAAAACAUGCGGCGGGUAUGCUGGCUCUCUUGGACACGAGCAAGUAGACGCGAAGACCUUUGCUGACUGGGGAAUCGAUUAUCUUAAAUACGACAACUGCGCUGUACCUGAUGAAUGGGACGACGAGUACCGAUGGUGGCCAGAGAACUGGUUAGGUGGGCCGCCAGCCGAGAACCAGACUGCGGGCGGUGACGGGGAAGCCAGACCUGUUGCCGCGCCCCCAGGAUACGACUGGACGACGUCCAAGAGCUUUGCGCGUUACAAGAUUAUGAGCGAUGCCCUAGUUUCGACGAAUCGGACGAUUGAAUACUCGCAAUGUGCCUGGGGACAUGCCCACAUCGAGCAAUGGGGUAACAGUACUGGUCACAGCUGGAGGAUGUGGGGUGACAUCUAUCCGGAGUGGCUUGACAAACACCAAUACUCUUGGGGACUCAUGCCUAUCCUCAAUCAUGCAUCCUUCUACAAUAAUGAUACCGACUUCUGGGGACAUGGCGACUGGGAUAUGCUUGAAGUGGGCAACGGAAACCUUACAGUCCAAGAGAGCCGUUCUCAUUUCGCUCUUUGGGCUGCUCUCAAAUCGCCUCUUAUCAUCGGUACCCCGCUUCAUGGUAUCAAACCUGAAAUUUUAGAGAUCUUGAGUAAUCCGGAGCUCAUCAGCUUCAAUCAAGAUCCAGUCGUAGGUGCGGCAGCCAAGCCCUAUAAAUGGGGUGUCAAUGCAGACUUCACUUGGAACCAGACUCAUCCGGCUGAGUAUUGGAGUGGGUUGUCUUCCAAGGGAGUGCAUGUCUUCGCGCUGAAUACACUGAAUACAACUCAAACCAAGGUCAUCGACUUCUCGGAGGUACCAGAGUUGGAAGCUGACAGUGAGUAUACUGUCUUUGAUUCAUGGACUGGAGAGGAGCAGGGAAACUUCAAGGGGCGGUACGAGGCCGCUGUUGAGCGUCAUGACACUAUGGCCAUCAGACUGGUUGAAACGAACGGGUCUAGCUCUGGGAUGUCGCACGGUCAAUUGUGA